UCAUCCCGGAACGAGCUCUCCCCAACAGCCGACACGAGUCGCGCGGCGGACUAGGUUUGCCGCCGCCGGUCGUCCUCAGGUGCGUCCUACUCCGGCGCGUGCCCUGCUCCUUCGCCCCUAGUCCAGGUCAACGCCUUGCUCUACAGCCCGUCGUCCCCCGCCCCUGCGCACUGGUUGAUCUCCUCGCUGUGCUCCCCAGCCUGCGCUCCUCCGUCAUUGCCAAGUCGUCUACGGAGACUCCUUGCUCCUUCACCCCGCCCUCUGGUGCUUCGAACCCGAUGGCCGAGAUGUCUGGUGAACGUAAACAAUUGGAUCUUCGUGCAAAGGUUACUAAAAUGGUGGUCGAAAUACAUGGUGCUUACCCGGAUCCAACUCUGGAAGAUAGUGAUAAAAAAAAAAAUACAACUCCAUGGUGGGUACAAUUGUUCUGGCGACACCACACUUCUGCUUCGGGGUACUGAGACGUUCUCUAAUACAAGAAGAUGGCAUCUACACAAUUAAGUGUGAUGGGCAAAGUAUUGAGAUUAAAGCCGAGGAUUUUGUUUCAUCACAUCAUGGUUUUUUUGCUGGGUUCUAUAUUUAUCACAACAAGUUACCAUAUGAUAUCAAGAAUGUGGCUGCAGUUGAAUUUGGUGAAGAGGUUAAAUUGUUUGAUGUGGUUAACCUUUGUGACAUUACAGUUGGACGCUAUAAGAUGUUCAUUGACAUCACAGAUGGUCAUGUCAUGGAUGUAAGAGUAGGAGACUUUGUCCAUAAUUGUGCUCAUAGCUUGCACACUGCCAAUGGUUCACCCGUUUUUUCUAAAGACGGUGAACUUGUUGGCGUAUGUAUUUUGAACCGACAAGGCCCAUCCGUGGCUCUAGACGCGGCGAGAAUAAAAGCCGAGCUGAUGAUGAUACAUGAAUCCAAGACACUCAAGGAGUUUUUUGGAGUAGUACGGGAAUCAGCAGGAAUUGCCGAGGCAUCAGCUGCAGCCACGGUACAGCCUGGAGCGCAAUAAGCAGUUCUACAUGAGAGAAGGAAGAGCAAGGGUGACACAGCUUAGAUCAAUUUGCAUGUGCCUAUUCUUCAUUGGACUUUGCUCAUGUCAUGUUUGCAGGGAUAGUAAACACUAUCUUAAAAUGACCGACUUGCAGCUCGGAACAACUAGAAGUAUUGCAUGCUUUUGUUGUCUACUGUAUUUGAGAUAUUUAAAUUACUGCAUCCUAUCGACAACCAUUUAUUUCUUUA